GAAAGAGGCUCCGGGGCGGCGCAGUGGCGCACUGUGCGCGCCGAGCAGGCGAGGGCUAGCGCCGGCGGCGGCGGCGGCGGCGGCGGCGGCAGCGCGGGCAAAACCGACAGCGGCUCCAUCUCAGCACCAGUAGUCCCGGAGGCCGUGGCGGAGGGGACCUUCCGCUCUCUCCUCUGUCCCUCGCUCCACGCCUGGGGCAGGCGCGGCGGCCGUCCCGGAAGAGGCAACUGCAAGACAGUAGAACGAGAUCUCCGAGAGAGGGCGGCGGGGCUUCAAGAGUUGGGCGUGAGGCGAGGAGGAGACUGUCGCUGUUGUCCCUUUUCCUGGUCCCAGCGAUGGGGGGAAAGCGGGAGCCGCGGGAACUUUGAAGGCAGCGGGUCCCAGGGUAUGAGGGCUGCAAGCUCGCCGGGACUCCGGAGUCUCAUCCCCAACGUCAGUAGCGGAAACGUCUGCGAACCCCACUGGGCCCCAGCACCGCCAGAGAGGAAGUUCUUUGCAACUUCGUGGGAGACGUCGGCGAGCCAGGCAGAGAGAGGCGGAGGUGGCAAGUAGGAGCCCCCGAGACCUAGAGAAGCAGAGAGAGAAGAAUCCAGUGAAUACCGAGGGGCCGAGGAGACACUCCAGAGGCAGCGAGGCCGCGGAACCAGCCUGGCCGCCCACGGGCUUCGCUGCCCCUUGAGUAAAACCAAGUGCCGCGCGUCCCGCAGGCCUCCUCGAAGCCGCUCCUACCGGAGGCCAGGGGCGCCAGCCGUCCCGGAGGCGGGUCCCUACGCCAUGCCCCCGAGGCUGCGGGCGCCUUGGCAGCAGCUACCCCGAGCCGGGACCGGAGCCGCCGCCUGAGCCAGCCCGGGAGGGAAGCCACAAGGAGUUGGGCGCCCCACUUGCAGCCGGAGUGCACUAGUGCGGUUUCCCGCCUCUAGGAGCAGCUCUCCGCGAUCUCCCACCUCCGGCCGGGCGGCUCCGAGAGAGGCCCGAGGCCCCAGCAGUGCUUUCUGAGCGCAGCUCGCACAGUGCCUGGCCCGGCGGCGCGGCUCCUUAGCCGCUUUGGGCAGCCCCUUGGCGCCGGGAGGCGGCGGCGUGGGCCGGCCUGCAGUCUGGAGCGCCCCGAUGGAAAUACACUGUAAGCACGACCCGUUUGCAUCCAUGCAUAGACAUGGAGGAGUGAAUCAGCUUGGGGGAGUUUUUGUGAAUGGAAGGCCACUCCCGGAUGUAGUCCGCCAAAGGAUAGUGGAACUUGCUCAUCAAGGUGUCAGGCCCUGCGACAUCUCCAGGCAGCUUCGGGUCAGCCAUGGUUGUGUCAGCAAAAUCCUUGGCAGGUAUUAUGAGACGGGGAGCAUCAAGCCUGGAGUAAUUGGAGGAUCCAAACCAAAGGUUGCCACGCCCAAAGUGGUGGAAAAAAUUGCCGAGUAUAAACGCCAAAAUCCCACCAUGUUUGCCUGGGAGAUCAGGGACCGGCUGCUGGCGGAGCGAGUGUGUGACAAUGACACGGUGCCCAGCGUCAGUUCCAUCAACAGGAUCAUCCGGACAAAAGUACAGCAGCCACCCAACCAGCCGGUCCCAGCUUCCAGCCACAGCAUUGUGUCCACGGGCUCCGUGACGCAGGUGUCCUCGGUGAGCACGGACUCCGCGGGCUCUUCGUACUCCAUCAGCGGCAUCCUGGGCAUCACGUCCCCCAGCGCCGACACCAACAAGCGUAAGAGAGAUGAAGGGAUUCAGGAGUCUCCGGUGCCGAACGGUCACUCACUGCCGGGCAGAGAUUUCCUCCGGAAGCAGAUGCGGGGAGACCUGUUCACGCAGCAGCAGCUGGAGGUGCUGGACCGCGUGUUUGAGAGGCAGCACUACUCGGACAUCUUCACCACCACGGAGCCCAUCAAGCCUGAGCAGACCCCUGAGUAUUCAGCCAUGGCCUCCCUGGCUGGAGGGCUGGACGACAUGAAGGCCAACCUGACCAGCCCCACCCCUGCCGAUAUUGGGAGCAGCGUGCCUGGGCCACAGACCUACCCCAUCGUGACAGGCCGAGACUUGGCGAGCACGACCCUCCCCGGGUACCCUCCGCACGUCCCCCCCGCCGGACAGGGCAGCUACUCAGCACCGACGCUGACAGGGAUGGUGCCUGGGAGUGAGUUUUCCGGGAGCCCCUACAGCCACCCUCAGUACCCCUCCUACAACGACUCCUGGAGGUUCCCCAACCCGGGGCUGCUCGGCUCCCCCUACUAUUACAGCGCCGCUGCCCGAGGAGCUGCCCCACCUGCCGCCGCCACUGCCUACGACCGUCACUGACCCUCGGAGCCAGGCCGACGCCAGCACUUAUGACACAUAUCACUGAGGGCGAGAGCCUCCCAGCCCCUUCCAAGACAGCCGGAGGGGCCGACGAGAGCGUCCCCCAGCACCCUCCCCCCUCACUUGGAACUCUGGCCCCCCUUUUCCUGUCAGGGACUCUGGGGUUCUAUGGUACGGCCGCUGGACUUCUGGACACCUGUCCAUUUCUAAGAGUCAAUCGAUGAGCUUCUCCCAGCGGUGACGGGGUCUCCACAAACCAACAGACUGUGCCGCCGGUCACUGCAGCCCCAGCCCCGCCUGCCAGUCCCCCGGCUGUCUGACCAUCUGCCCGUCUUCAGGCCCAGGCCUGGGAAGAAGAGCUUGCUUUGGUCAUUUCAACAGCACCUGUGUAAAUACCUUCUUGCUUCUCUCGUGGGCCUAAAGGUCCAACGGAGCAGACUGCCAGCCUUUAUGCAUUCAGCACUCCCAGCGCAUCACAGACCUGAGGGCAGAGCAUCCCCUCUGCCCCGGU